AUAUCUCCAAAGCUCAUCGUCUCAAAACUUGCUGAGAUCCCUUCACCUAAAGUAACUCUUUGAAUAUUUCUAGAGAGAGAAAGUUAGAGAGAGAGAGAGAGAGCGCCCUCUUCCUACCCCCAAAAACACCAUGGCAAUGUCAGGAGCUUCCUCUCAUUCCCUCCUCCUCAAAAACCCUAAUCUCAACCUAUUCAACAACUACAUAACCACCACAACCCACCUGAAUGCCUUCCCACUGAACCGCCCCAACAAACCCAUCUCAGUCACCUGCUCCACCGCAUCCCAAAUCCGGGAUCGCCCCUCCGCCGCCUCCCAAUCCCAAGAUCGCGUCUUCAACUUCGCCGCCGGCCCCGCCACCCUCCCUGAGAUCGUCCUCAAGAAGGCCGAAUCCGAGGUCUACAACUGGCGUGGCUCCGGCAUGAGCGUCAUGGAGAUGAGCCACAGAGGUAAAGAAUUUCUCUCCAUUAUCCAAAAAGCAGAGUCAGAUCUGCGAACCCUCCUCCAAAUCCCCUCCGAUUACGCCGUCUUGUUCUUGCAAGGCGGCGCCACCACCCAAUUCGCCGCCAUUCCUCUCAAUCUCUGCACACCCGACGACCCUGUUGAUUUCAUUGUCACUGGGUCUUGGGGAGACAAGGCUUUCAAGGAAGCCACAAAGUACUGCAAACCCAGUGUGAUUUGGUCCGGCAAAUCUGACAAAUACACGAAGAUUCCAUCUUUUGAUGAUCUUCAACAAAACCCACACGCCAAGUAUUUGCAUAUUUGCGCCAAUGAAACCAUUCACGGUGUUGAAUUCAAAAACUACCCUAUUCCCAAUAACAAAGAGAGUCUUUUGAUUGCCGACAUGUCUUCCAAUUUCUGCUCAAAGCCGGUGGAUGUUUCCAAAUUCGGAUUGAUCUACGCGGGUGCCCAGAAAAACGUUGGUCCAUCUGGGGUUACAAUUGUGAUUAUCAGGAAAGAUUUGAUUGGGAAUGCUCAGGAAAUUACUCCAGUGAUGCUGGAUUACAAGAUCCAUGCUGAGAACAAUUCGCUCUACAAUACCCCUCCUUGUUAUGGGAUUUACAUGUGUGGAUUGGUGUUUGAAGAUCUCUUGGCUCAGGGUGGAUUGGUGGAAGUUGAGAAGAAGAACAUGAAGAAAGCUCAGAUUCUUUACGACACCAUUGAUCAGAGCAAUGGGUUUUAUCGAUGCCCAGUUGAGAAAUCCGUGAGGUCUUUGAUGAAUGUUCCAUUUACUUUGGAGAAAUCUGAAUUGGAGGCUGAGUUUAUCAAGGAGGCUGCGAAGGAGAAGAUGGUGCAGCUGAAAGGGCAUAGAUCGGUGGGAGGAAUGAGAGCUUCGAUAUACAAUGCUAUGCCUUUGGCUGGAGUUGAGAAGUUGGUUGCUUUCAUGAAGGAAUUUCAAGCGAGGCAUGGUUAAUUCUGAUGUUGUUCUGGUAGAGAAAUUUAUUUUAGUGUUUUGCUUUGUUUGCAAUUUGAUUUUUGUUGCAUUUUUAUGUUUGUUGUUCUGUUUUUUGGGCAUACCUUUUAGGUUGUUUUUGGGAAUGUUGAUGAUGUAUCCAGUGAGAAGAAUUUACUACUCAAUGUGAUUUGUCCCUGGAAGAUUAUGAUUAAUGUCAGGAUAAUGGUUCUAUCCUAUGUUAUUUUCAUGUAUGAGUUAUAUUGAGGAGUAUUUUGG